UGGACGAAGGUCAGAGAACUUCCGGAAGUUUCCAAGCGGACUGUGGGACGGCUGCGUUUCCGCACGUGGAUUUUUGUUUGAGUCCUCGAGAUGGAGACAGUCCCUAGGCCGGGCAAGGGUGUCCCGCUCAAGAAGGACAAACUUCAGGCCAAGCGGAAGAAACCGCGGCGGUACUGGGAGGAAGAGACCGCUCCCACCGCCGCCGGAGCCUCUCCAGGGCCCCCUCGCAAAAAGAAGAAGAAUCUGGAGCUCCGCCGCCAGAAGCUGAAGAACGCUCACAACUCGAAGAAGUCUUGGAGCUCUAAGAAAUCUCAGGUCACGAAGAAGUCCCGAGAACAGAGGAGGCCUCGAGAACAGAAGAAUCUCCGAGAACAGAAGAAGCCGGGGUCCCAGCAGAGCUUGUCUGGGGCCCAGGAUCCAUUCCCAGGCCCCGCUCCUGUGCCGGUGCAGAAGGCCCGGAAGUUCUGUCGUAUAGACAAAUCCAAAAAGCUACCACAUUCCCUGCCUAAAACCCAAAGCAAACUUGAGGUGGCUGAAGCCUUGGAAGAAGAGAUAAGCAUCAAAGCUGCUCGUUCUGAACUGCUGCUUGCUGAGGAACCUGGGUUUCUGGAAGGGGACGAUGGGGAGGACACAGCCAAGAUACGCCAGGCUGACAUCGUGGAGGCUGUGGACAUUGCCAGCGCAGCCAAGCACUUUGACUUGAAUCUGCGGCAGUUUGGACCGUACAGGUUGGACUACUCUCGCACUGGGAGACAUAUGACCUUUGCAGGGCGUCGGGGUCACGUGGCUGCCCUUGACUGGGUGACAAAGAAGCUAAUGUGUGAGAUCAAUGUCAUGGAGGCAGUGAGGGACAUCCGGUUUCUCCACUCAGAGGCGCUGCUUGCUGUGGCUCAGAACCGCUGGCUUCACAUCUACGACAACCAGGGCAUCGAGCUGCACUGUGUGCGCCGCUGCGACCGGGUUACGCGGCUUGAGUUCCUGCCCUUCCACUUCCUCUUAACCACAGCUUCAGAGACAGGGUUUCUGACCUACCUGGACGUGUCAGUGGGGAAGAUUGUGGCGGCUCUGAAUGCUCGGGCUGGACGGCUCAACGUCAUGGCUCAGAACCCUUACAACGCUGUCAUCCACCUGGGACACAGCAAUGGUACAGUCUCUUUGUGGAGUCCAUCAGUGCAGGAGCCACUGGCAAAGAUUCUCUGUCACCGUGGUGGCGUUCAAGCUGUGGCAGUGGAUUCUACAGGCACGCUGGCCUUGAACUGUGUACCCCAGGGUGGCCUCAGACUCAUGGCAAUCCUCCUGCCUCAGCCUCCCAAGUGCUGGGAUCACAGGUACAUGGCCACUUCUGGCCUGGAUCACCAGCUGAAGGUCUUUGACCUGCGUGGGACCUACCAGCCCCUGAGCGCUCGGACGCUGCCCCUUGGAGCGGGGCACCUGGCUUUUUCCCAGCGAGGACUGCUGGCCGCGGGCAUGGGGGACGUGGUUAACAUAUGGACAGGGCAGGGCAAGGCCACCCUGCCCGCCCUGGAGCGGCCCUACCUCACCCACCGGCUGGCAGGCCCUGUGCACGGGCUACAGUUCUGCCCCUUUGAGGACGUGCUGGGGGUUGGGCACAGUGGUGGCAUCACCAGCAUGCUGGUCCCCGGGGCCGCGGAGCCCAACUUCGAUGGCCUGGAGAGCAACCCGUACCGCAGCCGGAAGCAGCGGCAGGAGUGGGAGGUGAAAGCCCUGCUAGAGAAGGUGCCUGCCGAGCUCAUCUGUCUGAACCCCCGAGCCCUGGCGGAAGUCGAUGUCAUCUCGCUGGAGCAGCGGAAGAAGGAGCGAAUGGAGAGACUGGGCUACGACCCCGAGGCCAAGGCACCUUUCCAGCCAAAGCCAAAGCGGAAAGGCCGCAGCUCCACGGGCAGCAUGGUGAAGAGAAAGAAGAAGGUCCUGGAGCAGGAGCACAGGGACAAAGUCCGGCAAAGCCUGGAGGAGCAGCAGAAGCAGCAAAAACAGCAGAAGGCCAAGCCCACAGGGGUGCAGCCUUCAGCUCUGGACAGAUUUGUGCGCUGAACCCAGCUCCAGGGUAGCCUGGGAACCACCUGUUUCCUAGGGCCACCUGGAGGGAGAUGACUGUUCCCUGGCAGGACAGGACAGUGCCCCCCUUCCUGCAUGGGAUGGCAGGCCCUUCGGGUGGGUCAGCAUUAAACAAGUUCUGGGA